UGUGCCACGUACACGUUACCUUACUACACUACACACACCCUAUCAUGAAUUAUCCAAUCUUCCUUCAAAGUUCGAAGUUCAAAUCCUCAAUAAUCAUUAUUGCUUAAGAACAUGGCCCUGGCAAUAGCUUCUACUGCUCUCUCAAUCGUCUCAAAAAGGGGAACUCCAUUGAAAAUUUCCUCACCAAAAAUCACUUCCAAAUCGUUGUUAGGGACAACUAGGGUUAAUGCAACAAAAGGAGUAUCGAGUGUUUGUGAACCACUUCCUCCAGAUAGGCCAUUAUGGUUCCCUGGUAGCUCACCUCCUGAAUGGCUCGAUGGAAGCCUUCCUGGGGACUUUGGCUUUGACCCACUUGGAUUAGGGUCUGAUCCAGAACUACUAAAAUGGUUCGCACAAGCUGAACUGAUGCACGCCAGGUGGGCAAUGCUGGGUGUGUCUGGAAUCCUUAUCCCUGAGUGGUUUGAAAGAUUAGGAUUCAUCAAAGACUUCUCAUGGUACGAAGCUGGAGCCAGAGAAUAUUUUGCGGACCAAACCACUUUGUUUGUGGUUCAAUUAGUACUAAUGGGCUGGGUUGAGGGUCGAAGAUGGGCUGACAUGCUCAACCCAGGCUGCGUUGAUAUUGAGCCCAAAAUGCCCCACAAGAAGAACCCAAAGCCCGAUGUUGGGUACCCGGGUGGGCUUUGGUUUGACCCGUUUAUGUGGGGAAGAGGGUCUCCGGAGCCUGUCAUGGUUUUGAGAACCAAAGAGAUCAAGAAUGGGCGUCUUGCCAUGCUGGCUUUUGUGGGUUUUUGGUUCCAAGCUAUUUAUACUGGUAAAGAUCCCAUUGACAAUUUGAUGGCUCACAUUGCUGAUCCUGGUCACUGCAACAUAUUUUCGGUAACAAUCGUUAACUAUUGUUUUGGCUUGUAUUUAGUGUUUGUGUUGUUCUAAAAUUAAUAACUAUUCUUUUGGGCAGGCUUUCACUUCACAGUAGAUGGCAUGUUGAAUCAUAGAAGAAAACUCAGUGUUUUUGCCUAAGUUAAGUUGUAUGUAUGUAAUUUUUAACUUUUAAUCAUUUUUUUUUUCUCUCAAUCAAAGCAUACAGAUUACAGAGUAAAUUGUAAUUGUAAAUACUAAAUACCGAAGCAUCUAAGACAAUGCCUUAGUCUUGA